AUGAAAUUCUUUCGUGCAGAAACUGGAAAACGACUUGCUGUUCGCAAGUCUAUAGAUGGAUUCGACGCUCUAAAAACGGAACUAGAAACAAUUUCCGGUGUUCCAAUAGCGUCGCAAAUAUUAAUGACAGAUUUUGGAAUGGAAUUUGCACCAGAUAUGAUGGCAGAAGCUACACAGGCAGAGGGAAAGGAUGAAUACAUAAUAUUUUUAUUUAACAGGGAGCUUCUGGAUGCCAGCAUAAAAAACUUUGAUUUUCUUAGCGAGAAUCCUGUAUUGGAAACACCCAUAAUUGCAUCAGCUGCAGCUCGUAAGAAUUCUAUAAAAUCACGUAGGAGCCGGGAAAAUGUUAACCCGACAGAAGAAUGCGGUGAAUACAUUAAAUUGUUUCAGGCGCUUAAUGUACAAGGACAGUCAUACGUACGAUCUGCAGGAACACAUGCUGAGAUAUGUGAACGACUUUAUCAAGAACAAAGAAGGCAAUUGAUGGCACUCGGUGUCGCUCUGAAGAAUCUUGAUUCCCACAACCGUUCAAUAGCUGAGGUUCAUCGCGAAUUUUAUACAAAUGCUGAUAAAGAAAUUUCUAAAAUCAAUCGAAUAAUCAAUAGUGUUCCCGAAAAUUUUGAAUUAAUGCGGCGGAUAACGAUACAUCCAGAAUUACUGAACUACAUGGAAAGAGAUUCUGCCAAUACAAAAUUUUCACAACAAAUACCUUAUGCUUUAAUAAAUUUUGUUGAUGUGGAUGAAUUAUCAGCGUUAGCAAAGAAAGGACACGAGGUUUUUGAGCAUCUUUCAAAACAAAUUGUUGAUCUGAAUCAAAACGUUCGAUUGGUGCAAGAGGGAACCGAAAAGUUGCAAAAUAAAACGUUUGAUGGACAUUUUCCGUCAAUGGAAACCACUUUGCAAAAAGUUCGCGAGCUAUUUGAUUCGAUAAAGAAAUUCAGUGAUUUGCUGGAACGAGAUUUGGAGCGUGUGAAAGCCAAAGCGGCAAAUCUUUUAAAUAAUAGUAGUAGCGGCAGCCUAUCAUCGACAGUUAUAAAAACUGUCGAGUCAUUCGAGCAGCUCGCGUAUAUUCAUGCAAAUGAGUACAUACCAGAAAUGGAAAAAAAAGAUCAAAACAUUCGCGAGCACGUGAAGAAAUUUACUUGGUGGAAGAAUACCUUCACCGUAACAUUAAUAUCCAAUCUCCAAGAAAUAUCAAAACUUGAGUCUUCUUUGGCUCAAAUACCAGCUAUGCUGACCGAACUGGAUACGCAAGUACGUGAUCGUGGACAAGAUUAUAAGCGUUUACUGGAUGUAUAUCAGAUACCGCUCGCUUACGGAAUGACAAUAGUAGAAAUUGUGAGAAGAAGAGAAUAUACUAGAUUACUCCUUGAAAAGUCGCAUGUCGUCGCAGAAGUAAUGGCUCAUUUCCGCGACAAAGAACAAAAGAGGCGCGAUGCUUAUCGACUUGAACUUAAGAAACAUAUACCAUUCAAUCUACCAGGUUGGCAUAUUCCACUAGAUGAUAAUCCACCAUCAUGCGAGAUUUCAAUGCCAAAUAUUCGAGAUGAUCGGCUCCCGAAAGUUUCUCGAGAUGAUAUUCAAGCACUUUUGGAUCUUAUUUCACAAAUUUCUCCAUCACACACAAGUCAACGGCCCAUAAGUCAAUCGACUAAAUCCGUUCGGCAAUCGCAGGCACCCGAUGAUCCAUCGUUAGAAUUGAAAAACAGGCUGAUCAAAUCUUUUGGACAACUGGAAGGGAUGAAUGCCGAAUUUCAGCGGAUUGUCGAGAAACAAUUCUUUAACGACAAAAAAGAUGGCUUUACCUCUAUCAUUAGUUCUCGAACACCUUAUAUUUCUUUAUCACCAGCUGAACAAUUAUCGUUAGUUGGACGACGCGAAAAGCGUGUCACCCGACAAACUGUGUCCGAAAACGAUACCUCGUCUAACAAUAACAACUUAAACAUGGAUCUGCUGCUCCUGGAAAAAAUGAGAGAGCUCGAAGGAGCCGAAGAAAAGUUAAAGGCAUACGAAUCACGUAUAAAAAGCCUUGAAAAUACACUACAAACAAAUUUCAAGGCAUCAAAAUCCGCGACGCUUCCCAACUCAGAUCCGUCUCUAGAAAAAGCGCUUGCAACUGCACAAGAAGAACUAAGCAAUCUAAAAUCUACGCAUGCGGAUAUUCUAAAAGAAAAAGAUGUUUUGGAAAGAAAGACAAAAGAUAUCGAAAUGCAUUUUCGAGAAAUGGAGACUCAACAUGGACAAUUGUUUAAAGAUAAAGGUGAAUUAGAAACGAGAUACAACGACAGUGUUAAAGAAAAAGAUGAAUUAGAAACGAGAUACAAAGACAGUGUUAAAGAAAAAGAGAUACUCCAAAGUCGCAUUUCCGAUCUAGAAAAGAACCAACAGGAAAUGACUGAUCUAGUAGAAGAACUGAAAAAAGACAACGAAAUGUUAUCCAAAAAAGCUAUUGAGAUGGAACAACGAUCACAAAAUUUGGAAGCUUCACUUACUGAGGUCUGCAAAGAUAAACAGGACUAUGAGAAUAUGUAUUUUGACACGUUAAGAGAGAAAGAAGCUAUCGAAAAACAAAAAGAACUACUUGAAAAGCAAUGUCACGAUAUUUAUAAGGAAAACAAUAACAACCAGAAAACUUUCCAGGAUUUCGAAACAUACAUUGAAGAGCUUGAGUUUAAAUCUUCUUCGGAAAUCGCUUCCCUUAAAGAAGAACAUGAGAAAUAUAAAGAAGAAGCGAAACAGACCGAAGCGAGUUUACGUGAAAAAAUACAUAACUUGGAGGCGAACCUUGCCCAGGCAGAACAUAUACGCGUCUUGUACGAGGAAGCAGAUGCCGAAUCACGAAAGAUAAAUGAGAAUUUCGAAAUAAUUAAAAAUGGAUUGGAACAACAGCUAGCAGAUCUUCACAAUAACACACAGAUAAUGAAAGAAGGUUUUGAUCAGCAAUAUGAUAAGUUGCAUGAGGAACAUGAAACGGUCAAAAAAGAAUUGACGGACAAACUCAAAAAACUUGAAGAGCGUUACGAGAAACUGCUGUAUGAAAGUAAAGAAAUGCUGGCGCGAAAUCUUAAUGAAUAUGAAACACAUCGAGAUCAACUGUAUGCAGAAAUUGACUUGUUGAAACUCAAAGUAAAGACUGAAAGCGAAAUUGAAGCCCAGACAAGAGAGAAACUUAAGAUGAUCCAAGAAGAAUUGAUAAAAACACAAGAACGAGUUGGACAACUUGAAGACGAUUUGAUGAAUUCAGAGUUGCAGCGUGAACAACUCGAUAAAGUGUCGAGAUUGUUGAGAGCCGAAAACACAAAUUAUCAAGCAGCUCUUCAAAAAAACGAUCAGCUCGUCAAAGAGAUAACAGAAUCCAUACUACAGAAUCUGCCAACUGUAGUUUCAAAUAUCGGUAGUUCCUCUGAUUCUGAGCAGAUCAUGCCCUCGUCAAACAUCAAUCCAAUAAAAUUAAUACGAAAACUCGGGAUCGCUCUAAAUCAACUCAAUAGAGAAUUUCAGGAACAGCGGCAGUUAUUGGAGAAUACAUGUAAAAGUUACGAUGAACUAAAAACUGAUAUGGAAGAACGGACCUUCUAUUCACACUUGUUGAGUAGAGAAUUAUGGGAAUAUUACAGUCAUAUAAGAACUCUAAUGAGUGAUAUGCAAGUUGCUAUUCCGAUAAAUCUGAACAUAAAGCCGCCGUUCGAAAAGACUACCGAACUAAGCGAUGAUGAAAGAUCGAAAACGCCUGAACAGACCCUCUCCGAUUCGUAUCUUGCUGAAGACUUGAAUCAGUUCUUUAACGAUCCUAAUAACGAUAAUGAAAAACGAGAUCUAGAAAACGAGUGGCCAAAAGAUAAAUAUGAAUUGUUGAUCACGUUGGCCCAAAAGGUUGAUCUUGAAGAAGUACGAGACUUACUACGUCGAUCGCCAAAAGAGGCUGAAAGCUUGGCAAGAAAAUAUCAAAAGGGAUACAAGACUUAUAAAGAAAAACACAUAAAAGCAUUGGCAGAAGCGAGGGAUAAGAUUGCCUUCCGAAACUUCAAGGUCGGUGACUUGGCACUUUUCCUACCGACAAGAAACUCAACAGCUAAACCAUGGGCCGCUUUUAAUAUCAGUUUUCCGCAUUACUUCUUACGAACCAACGAUUCGAUUAACAGCCAAACGAAAGAACGAGAAUGGAUCGUAUCGAGAAUAACUGGGAUGGCCGAGCAUGUUGUGGAUAAAUCGGAUCCAACAUCCAAUCCAUUUGAUCUGCCAAAUGGAGUCAAAUUCUACUUGUUGGAUGUUGAAAAUUUGGAAAAUUUCCCUCAGCAAAUUGGCAGUCAUUAUCGUCGACGAACUGAUUCAAUGAAUAUCCGAGACAGUCAAAUCAUGUCGAUGAGUGCUAUAAAACCAAUGAGCAGCUCUAUAUCGAAUUUGGCGUCGUCUACGUCCUCUCUAAUUGAUGAUCAGUUCUCCACACGAAGUCUUGACUUCAGAUCAAAGAGCAGCUCUAAGAAAACAACAGACUGUUUGGCACAACAACAACCACUACGUACAUCUAACACAGAUAAUACUUUUACUAAUGUUGACAAUGAUGAUAUUAAUAAUACGCCACCAACUCCACCUAAACGGCGGUCAUUCACAUUCAUUGAUGCUUUGACUCGUUCGGUAUUAAGAUCAUCUCCACCAGCUGAUGAAGAAACAACGGAAAACUCAAAAUUCACCUUUCUAUGA